UAUCCUGCGGGUAUGUCGUUAGUUUUGCUGGUCCAACGGGCAGGUGCAUGGCUUUCUUUUUGUAGUAUCUAUACACUGCCAUGGAACUGCGCGCGUUCGAAACACCGUGUACCUGGUUUUCUGUCUCGUUUUUUAUGCCUUUGUUUCCAAUUUUAUAUUGAAUCCGCUACUGCUGAUUCUCUUUCACUAAGGGUACUGGCUAUCAGCAACUCUCGCUACUAUUUGCUGCAAUUCGCGACUAUCGUAAACAUCUACUGGGCUUCUGACUAA